CUAGCUACAUCAGUGGUUGGUCAGAACUUCAUCAAGAAUAGGUCAUUGUGAUUCCAUUAUAGUGUCAUGGCAUUUGGAUUCUAUUUGUUUGGGCCUUCGGUGUGCUCAAGAUCAUUAAAAAAAAAGAUGAACUUGUCAGUCAUUCUCUUGGUUGUGAAUGUGGUUGUCCUUGUUGGAGCUUCAGAUGAUUGGUGUUAUACAAGAUGUGAGAAUACUCCCUCUUACUGGGGCGAUUAUUAUCCCAACUGCAAUGGGGACAGGCAGUCCCCAAUCAACAUCAACACUGAACACGUCAAGGGCAGAAACGACCUGAAGGAAUUCAACCUGGUCAAUUUUACUAAUAAGCAAACCAUGAAACUACUCAUCAAUAAUGGACACUCAGUGAAGUGUAAGCUGGAGGCCGGUGUGGUGGAGGUCAGUGGCGGAGGUCUCCCUCACGAGUACUCCACAAUUCAAUUUCACUUCCACUGGGGACGGGAGGACCUCGAGCACUUUCCUGGGUCGGAGCACUCCAUCGAUGGCCACAGAUACCCCAUGGAGAUGCAUAUUGUCAGUCUGAAGAAAGGCUAUAACGCAACUCAGGCCAAAGCAGAUCCGGAGGGCCUCUCAGUGCUGGGAUUCUUUAUUGAUGUGAUGGAAGGGGAUGCGACAGGCAUGCCGGAAGUCUGGAAGAAUUUCUCCGACUUUGUGUCAGAAAUACCAAACAAGGGUGAUAACGCAAGUCUCUCCGCACUGAACAUCUCCAUUCAUGACUUCCUGCUGGACGUCGACCUGACCAAAUACUACCGUUACAAUGGCUCACUGACCACGCCUGGAUGUGAUGAGGCUGUGGUUUGGACUGUUUUUCAACAGCCAAUCCGCAUCAGUGAAGAUCUGAUCCUAAGAUUCGCACAGCAGACAGGAGAUUCUGACUUGUAUCGCCCCCAGCAGUCACUCCAUGAACGCAAUGUUUACGCUUCAGCAGCCCUGGGUGCCGCAACUUCAGAUGAAUCUGGCCAUGAAUGGUGUUACAAGGAAUGCGAUCAUGGUCUUUCCCACUGGACUAACAUCAGUGGAGCCUUCUGUAACGGGCAGAGCCAGUCUCCCAUUAACAUUAACUCCCACAAUGCCACGUACAAACCCGAAUUGGGUUCCUUCAGUUUCUCUGGCUUCUCUAAUAAACACACAAUGGACUAUCUCAUCAACAAUGGUCACACUGUAAAAGCUGUGCUAAAGGAAGGCAUGGUUAGGGUAGGAGGAGGGGGUCUGCCUAACGUGUACGACACCCUACAGUUUCACUUCCACUGGGGGAACAGCUCAGCGCAUGACUUGGCUAGCUCCAACCACUCAGACAGCACGGAGUCCGAUGGCAGUGAUAGUUCGGACCAAGGUUCUGCUAGCAGUUCUGGGGGGUCAGAGCAUGCACUAGACUCCGAGGUCUACCCAAUGGAGAUGCACAUUGUGAGUAGGAAUGAAAACCUAUCAGCAGAUGCCGCUCCAAGUGACACAACAGGUUUCGCAGUGCUGGGCUUUUUCAUUCAGGAAACUGAUGAUGAAGACAAUCCAGCGAUCUGGAAAAAUUUUACAGACCACCUUGCAAUGAUCCAGAACAAAGACAGCACCAUUGAACUGCACCAGGACAUAUCUCUUAAGGCCCUCAUUGGGGAUGUGGAUCUUACAAAGUACUACCGAUACCAGGGUUCCCUCACCACUCCCACUUGCAACGAGGCUGUAAUAUGGACCGUAUUCAAAGAGCCCAUCAGAGUCAGUAAGAACCUGAUAAAGAAGUUUUCCAAAAUGACUGGGUUGAAUAACGUAUUCCGGCCUGUACAGCCACUAAAUGGCCGACACGUGUACACAACCGUGACCGAGGAUCACUCCUCUUCUCCCCCCUCAUGCCUCUUCUCCCUCCUUCUGGUCCUGUCGUCCCUCUUUGCUACUCUGUGGAUGAACCAGAUACAGUAGACAAAAGAUAUACAAAUACAAUCAUUCUAUCAUAUUUCAUUGCACCAUAUCACACAGCACCAAUCAUUCCAAAACAGUGCUGCUAAACGCUGAUUUUAAAAUAAAUACAUUUUUAAAUAGAUAAACCUUAAAUAAAUUGUGGAGUAGUGGAGUAAAAUGUAUCAUAUGUCUGGCAUGAAUAAUAUACAGUGUAAGGCCAAAAUCACUUCUUCAGGUUUUAGAGUAUAUAUUUUGAAUGUUUAUUUAUUAAUGUUUUGUAAAUGGAAGUGGGAACAGGAUUGUAAACUGAUCAUAUUGAUUAAUAUGCAGUUUGUAGAACAUUAAUAUUGUAAAGGGCAGUUCACACCAAGAAGGAUAACUAUAACGAUAACAUAAGUAUCACUCUAGCUAACAUGAAUGACAACGUCCAUACGUAAACUAUAGCGAUAACAACAUGACAAAGAUACCGUUGGGGUCAUAGUUAUCAUUCUUGGUGUGACCGGCCCUUAAAUGAGGAAAGAAGUAAACAAAUGUAUUCUUCACUGAUAUCAAUAAAUUAUCUUCAAGGACAUUGUAAUAAAACAAUAUGAUAUGAUCAACAAUAAAUAUUGAGACAUUA